AUGGAUCCUACCACAUACGUGGAUCCAGAGUUGACCAUUGCUGAUCACCUCGUGCUGGACACUUUGGUGGAUAAAUCUCUGGCCACAGCAAAGACCACAACAGCCGGGGCCCAACGGCCCAGCGAUGAAGAUGUUGCACAGAAGCUCCAGGAUAUGAAUGAUGCAUCACAUCCAGACUUCGAUCCUACCAUCUUCCAAUUUUGGGACUCUCCCGUGCUACAAGCCAAAUUACCUGUGGCUCUCCAGCAGUAUGUGCUGCAGCCGUAUCGGCAAUGGGCCCAGGGAGUGGUCCGAUUCCCCACGGAUGUGGUGAUGUUGACCCAUUUGUUGUUAUAUUUCACCACCAUUGUGCCGAGUGGGAUCUUUUUGUACUAUCGGUUCUCCUGGAUUCACGGGAUCCUGCACUGGCUCAUGCAGCUGUGGUACUGCGGAGCGUUCACCUUGAUGAAGCAUCAACAUAUCCACAUGAAUGGUGUCUUGGCGCCUCGAUACUGGCUCUUUGACACCCUCUUCCCGUACCUCCUGGACCCGAUGCUUGGACACACGUGGAACUCCUACUAUUACCAUCACAUCAAGCAUCACCAUGUGGAAGGGAAUGGGGAGCAGGACCUGAGUACCACCAUGUUCUAUGACCGGGACAACGGGUAUGACUUUGCCUGUUAUGUGGGCCGCUUCAUCUUCUUCAUCUGGAUGGAAUUGCCGCUUUACUUUUGGAGAAAGGGGCAGGCCAAGUAUGCCGCCAAGGCAGCCUUUUGGGAGCUGGGCAACUACAUCGCCAUCUAUAUGCUUUACCAUUAUGUCAAUGCCCGCGCGACUGUCUUUGUGCUGAUUCUGCCCCUAACGGUCAUGCGCUGUGGCUUGAUGGUGGGAAACUGGGGCCAGCAUGCCUUUGUGGACCCCAUCGACCCAGACUCGGACUAUCGCUCCAGCAUCACCCUGAUCGAUGUCCCGAGCAACCGAUACUCCUUCAACGAUGGCUACCAUACCUCUCAUCACUUGAACCCCCGUCGUCACUGGCGAGAUCACCCUGUCGCAUUUGUCAAAGGCAAGGAUCGCUAUGCGGAAGAGCGAGCCCUGGUCUUCCGCAACGUCGACUACAUUUUCAUCACGGUCCAUCUGUUGCGCAAGAAUUAUAUGCACCUGGCCAAGUGUCUGAUCCCGAUCGGUGACCAGGUCCACAUGACUCUCGAGCAGCGGGCGGAAAUGCUGCGGAGUCGGACUCGGAAGUUUCCCCGUGACUAUGGGAAGAAGAAACUUUGA